AUACACCAAAAGUCAAGAGGUAAAAACAAAUUUAAACCAAACAAGAUAGUUUCAUUUUAAAUGUACAAUAAGAGUGAUUAAAGAAAAAAAAUAACAAUACUGUUUUUUAGUAAAUUCGGAGAUAUUUAUGCCAGAAAGGUGCAUGCAUUUUAAGCUGUGUUCAUUUUACUCAAAGUGGAAGCUAAAACUACAACUAGUUGUGUUUUUAGCUGCAAAGGUUUUGAUUUUUGAACAUUCCACUAUGAGUACUAGUAGCAUUGAAAGCUUAACUCAAGAUACAAAAGAUGAAUUGAAAGAAAAAACACUUGAAGAGAAUAAUGAAGUUGAAUUAGAAGUCUUGGAGGAGAAGGUUACCAUGAUGGAUCUUAAGGACAUUAGGGGAGACAAUGAAGUUUUAUCGAAUUUCUUGAGGUCUAAGAAAGAGGUGAAGUGGUACAUGGCUUUGUUGGGGCUUAGGAUUGUUGCUUUUGUGUUUUGUUUGGUUGCUUUUUCUAUUUUGGGUGCCAAUGAGCAAAGGGUUUUGGUAAAUGAGGAAAUAACAAAUUGGUUCUCAAGCGGAUUUUCGGUUAAAACUCCGUAUGAGUUCCAUUGGUAUGAUUACGACGAAUUCAGGUAUAGUUUUUCAGUAAAUGUGAUUGGAUUUGUGUAUUCUGGAUUGCAAAUUUGUUAUCUAGUGAGGUACUUGGUCACAAAGAAGCAUGCUAUGAACCCCAAGUUGCAAAGUUACUUCAAUCUUGUUAUUGAUCAGGCUUUGGCAUAUAUUCUAAUGUCAGCUUCAUCAUCAGCUGCAACUGGAGCUUGUCUUUUGAGAAGCUAUUGGAUUGAACAUGGCGCACACAAGUUCAUAGAAAUGGCAAAUGCAUCAGUUGCUAUAUCUUUCUUUGCGUUUGUUGCCUUUGCCUUAGCCUCUCUUGUCUCUGGUUUCAUCCUUUUUAGGUUCAACUAAUUAUAAAUGCAAUACUCUUUGUUUGUAUUAAUAUGAUUCUAAAGUACUAGUGUCCAGUACUAUAUGUCUCAUUUUGCAAAUUUUGUAAAUUUAAAAUUCCUGAUAAGAUUCAAAAUCUGCAUCCUUUUUUUG